AUGGCCAAGUCUAAGAGCCACACCAACACAGCCAGUUCCACAAAUGGCACAGAAAUGGCAUCAAGAAACCCCAGUCACAAAGAUACAAAUCUUUUAAAGGGGUUGAUCCUUAAGUUUCUGGGGAACAUGUGCUUUGCCAAGGAGCACAAGAAGAAAGACCUGAAGAAGUCACAGGCCAACAAUGCAAAGGCAGUGAGUGCAAGAGCAGAGACCACCAAGACCCUUGUGAAGCCUCAGGCCAUCAAGCCCAAGAUGCCAAAGGGCCCCAGCCACAAAAUCAGUCAUCUGGCUUUCAUCACUCAUCCCAAGCUUGGGAAGAAUAUUCAAAGCUAUAUGACCAAGGACUGUAGGAUUUGCCAACCAGAGCCAAAGGUUCAAACAAAGGCAGAGGCCAAAACUCCAGCUAAGGCCCAGGCUCCAGCUACAGUCCAGGCUCCCAAGGGUGCCCAGGCCCCUGUGAAGGCUCCAUAG